AUGAACUCGGAGGAGCUUCAGGCAAGCCAACGUCUCUCAGACGGAAGCGGUGGGGCAACUUUCUCUCAGGCACACGAAGACGAGAGUGUUGCGUGGAUGGGGUCUUCGGGCACUGCGGCCGCGACGAAUGUCGUGCACACGAGCGACAGCGGACACCCUCGCAGGGCAAACUCAAAAUCCGCCGGCACUGGUGCGUCGGUGAAGGCGCGCAGCCUAGCAGCUGGCCAGGUGAACCGAGUCGUGCAUGGGGCCCUGCCAGAGGGCAUAUCCUUGUCGCGCGAUGCCCGCAUAGCGCUGCAGAAGUGCGCCACAAUCUCAGUUCUUUAUCUUGCCUGCCUGGGUGACGCCAGCCGCAAGGCCACCGGAUCCGCACGCACCACGCUGAACGUGCAGGACAUCCGCGGAGCCAUGGAAGCGGCGGGGAUGGCCCAUCUUCUGCCGCUCAUGUCAACGGCAGCGAAACGCGGGCGGGACUGA